ACAUAACCUCAAAUGUAUCUGUUUUUGUGUUUGCUAAAGAUGCAAAAAUGCUAACCAUUCAAUAAGCAUUUCCAAAAAACACCACAAUGACCACCAACAAACUGGAAGAGCUCUUAAAAAAGCACUUCAAAUUUGAUACAUUUAAAUCUCAACUGCAAGAAGAAGCGAUUAUUCAAAUUUCAAAAAGGGAUGACGACGUACUAGUCUCCAUGCCGACAGGCUCCGGCAAGUCAUUAUGCUACCAGCUACCUGCGCUCUUACACUCAGAUAAAGUCACAUUGGUCUUCUCGCCGUUACUCGCGCUUAUAAAGGAUCAAAUAGAUCACUUAACCGCGCUUAAAAUAAAGGCGGCCUCUUUAAAUUCGAAGACGCUCGCCGCCGAACGGGCAGCUAUACUCACAGAUUUGAAAACGAACUCGCCGACCACGCGCCUACUCUACGUGACGCCGGAGCAGGCGGCCACCCAGACAUUUAAGGAUCUAUUCAGCAACAUCGUGAAACGCGACAGGGUCGCCUAUAUCGUCGUCGACGAGGCGCACUGCGUGAGCGAGUGGGGCCACGACUUUCGGCCCGAUUAUCUGAAGCUGGGCGUUCUACGUGACGGUAAUAAAGUUCCUGUGAUCGCGCUGACCGCAACGGCCGGAGCUGAGGUGAUCAAAGACAUUGUGGGCAGUCUGCGGUUGUCGAGCACGUAUAAAACCUUUCGGACGUCCUGUUUUCGUCGUAAUUUGUUUUACGACGUUUACUAUCAGAAUCUGCUCGAUAGCCCGUACGAGCAUUUAAAGGCUUUUAUCAAGAACUGUUUAAACUCGCAGGACGAUCUUCUUAGUAAAGAGAACAAACCGUGCGGAAUUAUCUACUGCAGGACGCGGGAGCAGACGGAGGUGGUCGCGUUUAAACUCUGCGAGAUGGGUAUCAAAUCCUUAUGCUAUCACGCCGGCUUAAAGCACAAGGAACGACUGGAGUACCAGGAGAGCUGGCAGAAAGGCGAUUAUCCCGUGAUUUGCGCGACGAUCAGCUUCGGAAUGGGCGUGGACAAGGCGUCCGUCCGCUUCGUCGUCCACUGGGGCGUGCCCAAAGAUCCCGCCUCGUUCUAUCAGGAGUCGGGGCGGGCGGGACGCGACGGACGCGCGUCGAAGUGCCGCAUCUAUUACAAUCGCACGGACCGGCGCGCCAUCGAGUUCCAUCUCGCGCACGAUCUCGCCAAGGCGAAGCACAAGGAGUCGCGAAAGGUGAAGGCGCAAAACGCGAUUAAGGCGUUCACGAAGAUGGUGGAGUACUGCGAGACCGCCAAGGAGUGCCGACAUCGACUGUUUUCGAAUCACUUCGGCGAGCCUCCGCCCGACUGUCGCAAUCGGUGCGACAUCUGUCGCAAUCGAAAGGAAGUGGAGGAGCGGGCGCAUAAUUUUCUGAUGAAGUGCAUUCAGUUUAGCGAGACCUCGACCACUGUCGACGUCGACUUUUCGGAUCUGUACGAGGGUGGACGCAAAGGGAUUGCAGACAAUUAUAAAGCGUAUUGUGAUGACGACGGUAGUAACAGUAGUUGUAAUAGUUUCGAAAUGGAACAGAAGGCGAAAAAACAAAGUACGGAUCUUAUUAAGAAGCAGUUUGCGCUCCGCAAAAAUUCACAGGAUGUGUCUAAUGACACGAUAAAUCAAUUGUUCUCGAAGAGGGCGCGCGUCAUUGCCGCGUCGGCCACCUCGAACAAGGUGAACGGACUGACGCUUCCGACGCGCGAACAGUACUUAUCGAAGCUUGUCGAGGUGAUCGCCGAGAACUAUGCGGAGUGCUGUAAGAAUCCGGAAUUCGACGAAAAGGAUCUGACGGAAUGCGCAGCGGACCUCGAGUACUCGUGCUUUACCGCCACGACGACGGUGACGGUUUACCGAAGUCACUGUGCGAAAAUUAUUUCAGCCGUGAAAAAUAAGACACAAGAAAAGGAGCUCUACUCGUCCUUGGCGUCGUACGUUCCGAAGCCGCCCAAAAAUGAAACUCUCAGCGAUUUAUUCCGGAACAUAAAGAAGCAGCAGAUGGCCAGCUCGAGUUCGUCGACCACCAGCUCCGAUACCGACGAGUCCAGCGGCGCAAAGUUCGAGGGCUUCAAGAGCGCCAAGCAGUUGCUCGCCGGCCCGCCCAAGAAUCUACCGAAGGGUCAAACCACGGUAACCUCGUUCUUUAAGAGGGCGUCCGAGGAGGAGGACGCCGGCGGCGAAACGCCACCGUACGACCGACCGAACAAUCUGAAAUCGCUAUUCGGCGACGAGUCGGAACCGGAACGAACUCCCAAGGCGACGGAGGAGCCCAUGGCGAUGACCCCCAACGAGCCCGAGGAGGUUCCGGACAGCGAUUUCACCUCGUUUAAAAUCAAAUCGAGCGCGCCCGAAAGCGUCACGUUCGAGAGAGGCGAGCUCAACAACGAGUACAAAAACCCAGACUUACCGGUGGCUAGCGUCGCAAGGGAGGAGGCGAAACGGAAAGUGGAGGAGGACGAUUCGGUUCAGGCGGAGAAGAAGCACAAGAUGUCCGACUCGGAAAUAGACGCCAUUAUAAUGAACAAGCGGCGCGACAAAAAAUCCAACGAGAAGCCGGCGCCCAAAAUGAAGAAGACAGAGGUCGGGUUGCUAGUCGUCAAGCUGCUAACGCCCGCCUACGCCGAGCGACGGUUCGAUUCGCGCGACACCUUCAAGACGACCGCAAGGAACAUAUCGCACGCUCUUCUUCACAAAGACGAGGCGGAAAUAAAACAGUUCGUCAAGAAAUUUUUACGAAAUAAUCAGAAGAUCACCGCCGGCACGACCGUAUGAUUGUAACGCGUAACGCAGCAUCUUAUUUAUAUCGUACCUGUAGAUAUAUAUUUUGAACUACCGUUUGCAGAUUUCUCAAAUGGCCCUCGACGGGUCUUUCUAACCGUGUAAAUGCCCUUCAAUCUCAAUAAUUUUACUUGAAACACGCAAGGAGAAUGAUUUAAGUGUACGAUUUAAUUUUAUUGUAUGUACCUAUUCAUUUUUUUUAUGUUUAGGCUAAUAUUAAAGGUGUACAAAUUUUGAACCUCA